CGCGCGCGGAGCUGUGGGCGGCUGCCGAGAGUCCCGCCGCCGCCCAGCCUUCGCCACGAUGCCGGGGAUCGACAAGCUGCCCAUCGAAGAGACGCUGGAAGACAGCCCGCAGACAAGGUCUUUACUGGGUGUAUUUGAAGAAGAUGCUACUGCUAUUUCCAAUUAUAUGAACCAGUUAUAUCAAGCUAUGCAUCGGAUUUAUGAUGCACAGAAUGAAUUAAGUGCAGCAACACACCUGACUUCGAAACUUUUAAAAGAAUAUGAAAAACAGCGUUUUCCUUUGGGGGGUGAUGAUGAAGUUAUGAGCUCUACUUUACAGCAGUUUUCAAAGGUUAUAGAUGAGCUCAGUUCUUGUCAUGCAGUACUAUCAACUCAACUUGCCGAUGCCAUGAUGUUCCCCAUUUCCCAGUUUAAAGAAAGAGAUCUGAAAGAAAUACUGACACUAAAAGAGGUAUUUCAGAUUGCUAGUAAUGAUCACGAUGCUGCAAUUAACAGAUACAGCCGAUUGUCAAAGAAGAGAGAAAAUGACAAGGUAAAGUAUGAAGUAACAGAGGAUGUAUAUACUUCUAGGAAGAAACAACACCAGACCAUGAUGCAUUAUUUUUGUGCACUAAAUACUCUUCAGUACAAGAAGAAAAUAGCUUUGUUAGAACCUCUACUUGGAUACAUGCAGGCUCAGAUAAGUUUCUUUAAGAUGGGUUCUGAAAAUCUCAGUGGACAACUGGAAGAAUUUUUAGCUAAUAUUGGAACAAGUGUACAGAAUGUUCGAAGGGAAAUGGAUGCUGAUGUAGAGACCAUGCAGCAGACAAUACAAGACUUGGAGGUAGCCAGUGACCCUUUAUAUGUGCCUGACCCAGAUCUAACCAAGUUCCCGGUCAAUCGAAAUUUAACCCGAAAGGCUGGAUACCUAAAUGCUAGGAAUAAAACAGGCUUGGUGUCGUCUAGCUGGGACAGACAGUUUUACUUCACGCAGGGUGGAAACUUAAUGAGUCAAGCCCGUGGAGAUGUGGCAGGAGGCCUGGCCAUGGACAUAGACAACUGUUCAGUGAUGGCCGUGGACUGUGAAGACAGGCGAUACUGUUUUCAGAUCACUUCUUUUGAUGGAAAAAAAUCUUCAAUUUUGCAAGCAGAGAGUAAAAAAGACCAUGAAGAGUGGAUUUGUACAAUAAACAACAUAUCUAAACAAAUAUACUUGAGUGAAAACCCAGAGGAAACUGCUGCACGAGUAAAUCAGUCUGCUCUGGAAGCUGUCACUCCUUCUCCAUCUUUCCAGCAGAGACAUGAGAGCCUGCGCCCAGGAGGACAAUCUCGGCCACCAACAGCUCGAACCAGCAGUUCAGGAUCCUUGGGGUCAGAGUCUACAAAUUUGGCUGCCCUCUCUCUAGAUUCUCUUGUUGCUCCAGAUACUCCAAUACAGUUUGAUAUAAUUUCUCCUGUGUUUGAAGAUCAGCCUGGCCAGACAAAAGCCUUUGGCCAAGGAGUCAGGCGUACAAAUCCAUUUGGAGAAUCUGGAGGAAGCACAAAAUCAGAAACUGAAGACUCUAUUCUUCAUCAGUUAUUUAUUGUUCGAUUCCUUGGUUCUAUGGAGGUAAAGUCAGAUGACCAUCCAGAUGUUGUCUAUGAAACAAUGCGCCAAAUCUUAGCUGCUCGGGCUAUCCAUAAUAUCUUUCGCAUGACAGAAUCACAUUUAUUAGUCACUUGUGACUGUUUGAAGUUAAUUGAUCCACAGACCCAAGUUACAAGGCUCACAUUUCCAUUACCAUGUGUAGUUUUGUAUGCUACACACCAGGAAAAUAAACGACUUUUUGGAUUUGUUCUCCGGACAUCAGGCGGAAGAAGUGAAAGUAAUUUGUCAUCAGUCUGCUAUAUAUUUGAAUCAAACAAUGAGGGGGAAAAGAUUUGUGAUUCUGUUGGAUUGGCAAAACAGAUAGCUUUGCAUGCUGAACUGGAUCGUAGGGCAUCAGAAAAACAAAAAGAAAUAGAGAGAGUAAAAGAGAAACAACAGAAAGAACUCAGCAAACAAAAACAGAUUGAGAAGGACUUGGAAGAACAGAGUCGGUUGAUAGCUGCUUCCAGUAGACCAAACCAAGCUGGUAGUGAGGGCCAGCUUGUUGUCCUUAGCAGUAGCCAAUCAGAAGAGAGUGAUUUGGGAGAAGAAGGGAAAAAGAGAGAAUCGGAAGCAUAAACCUGUUGUUGCUUUUUGGUUGAUUUCCCCCUUGCGCUGGAAUGUGGCACAGGGUGCCAUGCUGAAAGGUCAGGGAAGAGACUAAGCUUUAUAUUUGCUUGUUUCAGCUCCAUUUAAAAAGUCUGAGCUUAACAACAGGUUACGGCAAGCAUCCCCUUAAAAGUAUAAUACUAUGCAUUAUCAUCAACCUCUGCUUACCUUCUUCAUUAGAUUGCUGAUGAGUAACACUUGCUCAAGAUAUUUCCCCUUCGAAUUGUGGACUUUUUCUCUCGCCCUGUAAUUGGCUGUCUCCGUAAGAGAUCAUUUGUUCUUCAGAUUCUGACGUUUGUGUUUGUGCUCUCUCCAGUUCACUAGGCGUCUUGUUGGCAGUGAGGGAGUGUCAACCAAAUGAAUGUCAGAUCCUUUGUGUGGAGAAUUCUACAAAUUUGCAGAUGUUCUAACAAUAUUAAGUGUGCAAUAGAAUUUGUGUAAAAUCACCAGGACAGUGGCAGGUGGUGCUGUUGAUUUCAGGGCAUUUUCUGGGCUUGCUCCAUUUCUGAUGACCGUGUCAUGUCAGUAGGAAAGAAACUCCGUGUCUGUUGGUGUUUGAGCAGUUGGUGUUCUGUCACAUCUUCUCAGUUCUCAGGUUGGGACUUUACUUACUGCUGCAAAGCAGCAAGGGUUAGAAUAAGAUUUCAGAAUUUAUUGAGAGAGUCUUUUGUUGUUCAAACAUUUUCUAUUAGAAUUGACAUGUUGAGGGAGUGUUGGAGAGUGAUACAUUGUAUUUUCUGUAUUGUGAAAUAAUUUUUAUUGAUAAUAAGUGACAUUUCAAAAAAUGUUCUAUAACAGUUAUGUUUACUGCUUAAAAUAAAAAUGUGCAGUUUAGUUUAGAAACAUAAUCUUUUAAAUUUCAGACUGAUAAUCCCAGUAUUUUCAUAAUCCCACAUUUUGAUAAUGUAUUGAAUUGCCACUUUAUAUCCAAAAAGGCAGAUAACUAAUUUAUGAGUGUAGAAUAAUUUGCACUAAUUAUUGUAAAUACUUUUACUUUCCAGAUGAGUAAAAGAUCUAAUUCCAUGAAAGACUGAAAAGAAAUUGAACACCUCAUAUAGUAUAGGACCAAGGAAGGAGUUAGCUUGCUACCAAGGUUGACAUGUCUCUCCAGUUUAUCUUCUGUCAAAACUCUUUCUUUACUCAGAUUUUAAACUGUUUAUAGAUAUUAUUUUCAUGUGUUCUACAUGAAAAAGUGUAUAUAUAUAUAUAUACACACACACUCAUGUAUACAGGUUAAAUAUAUUGAGUAAAGUAUUUUACAUAGUCAUGUAUUUAUAGGUCUCCAAGAGGUUAACCACUACUUUCACAAGUAAUUUUCUUUUAGUUCUGAAUUAGAAGUAGUUUCUGUGUUAGUUUUCAGAAUAAAGCUCAGUUUCACAUUUUGUAAGUACACAGUUUUCUGCAGGAAUGAGCUAACAAUAUAUAUAUGGUUAUGAUAUUCUUUUUAUCCAUGUGCCAAAUGGGAGUAAUGGUUAUUUAAUAUUCUUAAAGUCUUAUGUUAUCCAAACAUACAGUUAAUAAGUAGCAAUUUAUGGAGUACGUUUGGUUAAAAGUAUAUUUUGUGCUUACUACAGGGAAUGCUUUCAUAUUAGUGUUUCCUUCUUGUUAAACUAGAAAUUGCUGUGGUUUGAACUUGAUUAGUGGUAGCAAGUUUUGCUUUUAAGACUUUUUUUUUUGAGAUUGGUAAUGGUUCUGGUUUGUGUUUGUUGUUGUUUUGUUUUGUUUUUAUUUUUUGUUUGAUUUUUGGCAGUGCUAGGGAUCAAACCCAGGGCCUUACACAUGCUGAGUAAGCCCUCCACUGCGGGCUACAUCCCCACCCCAAGUUUUCAGUUUAAUGAAGUCUUUUUUUUUAAUCUGGAUUUUUUUUUUUGAGGCAGGGUUUCUCUGUGUAUAGCCUUGGCUGUCCUGGACUUGCUUUUUAGACCAGGCUGGCUUUGGACUCUCAGCGAUCUGCCUGCCUCUGCCUUCUGAGUGCUGGGACUAUAGGCAUGUGCCACCAUGUCUGGCUGUGAAGUCUUUUCUUGAUAUAAGAUGUCUUGCUUACUUCAUAUGCAGUCUGUCGUUUUAUAGUGAGAGUGGUCACCAUCAGGAGGCAGUUCUGUUUGGUUGGUGCUUUUCAUGGUAGCAAAAAGCUGCUCUUUGGAUAAAAAUUUAGGCCAAGGGUAAGGCUUUUCUAAUUCUUUUUAAGUCAUGUUUCGUAGGAAUUCCCACAGUUGCUGUGCACAGGUCAGACCAAAAUGUGUUUCCAGUGCAUAGGACACAUCCUGAGUGGAUUGAACAGUUUCAGAUGAUUCAGCUUCUAUUCCAUCACAAUUAAACUGUAUGGAAUUCUUCACAUCAGCUUUAAGGAGCUCUCCUGUUUGAAGAAGGCUGCCUGUGAGCUUCUUCCUAAAUGUUAAUGCUGAUCUUGUUCUGUUCUAGUGUCCUCUAAAAUCUCUCCUGGCUUUUUAGAAGUUAACAAAAUUCCUUUUUAAAAAAGAAAUUUAGCCUAAUUCUACUAUUCAUUCUGUUACCUAUAUUGACAGUACUUGCAUAACUGUGGUAAUAAACUCAAUAGAAAUCACGAAUUUCUGUAUCCUUCUAUAAACUUGCUAGAGACUGAAACUGUCCCUUUGAACAGAGUCCCUGAAUCCCUGAAGUUAGUCUUGUUUUUGCCAUGUAUUUGGUGAUUACUUGGUGUUUAAUUUCAGAAGAAUCCCAGCUCCACAGUGUUAGGAUGAGGAAGUUGCCAUGAAAAGGCCAGUAUGGUGUGCAUAACACCAUAGGUAACGUGAUUGUGUGUGGUUAACACACACAGGUUACUGGAGGAGCCACGCUAAGCACAGCGUGAACUGACACUGCUGGCAGACCUUUAACGCUGGCUUGUUACAGUCUUCUGACAUGGGUGAAAUGAAAACAUUUGCUUCAGGUAACAGUCUGAGCAUCCAGAUUAUACUUUUAACUAUAUAAACACCAGUGUGUGUGUGUAGCAAGCAAAUUUUUUUCAUUUUGUUUUUAGCAAAUUUGAUUUAGUUCUCUUUGAAAUUUCUAUUCUACAUUAAUAGCAUAAACUUUUAAAACUAGAACCAUACUGAACUUUUAAUCAGUCUCUGGCUGUACUUGUAGGUAACUGACUUCAGUAAAAUGAACACUGGGGAUUAAAUGAUAAUUAACGUCCAAGACUGCUUUGUAUGUUUUGUGAUUUUUUUUGUAAUGUAAGUAAAUUGAUUAAUUCGUAUUUCACUGAUAUUAACCAACUGUGCAGUGUACAAUUAAAAAUCAUGCAGCAUCUCUUUAAAAUUGGGUUUGUGGUCAUUGUAUAGCGUGUGGGGCAGAGAACUUAUUUUUUCAUUUGUCAAAAUAGGUAUUUGCUGACAAGAAAUAUGUUGUUGGAUUUUUUUAAAUGUAAAAUAAAGUCCAUGAUUUUUAUACA